AACAACACAGCAGAGUCUCUGCCAAACACUGUAUGUAGAUAUGUCUGCUGUCAGCUGUCUGCGAUCUGAAGAUCAGUUUCUGUGCUCCAUCUGUCUGGAUGUGUUCACUGAUCCAGUCACCACACCAUGUGGACACAACUUCUGCAAAAACUGCAUCAAUGAACACUGGAGUAUUAAUGACCAGUACCUGUGUCCAAUGUGUAACAAGGUUUUCAACACAAGACCUGAGCUUCAUGUCAACACAUUGUUCUCUGAGAUGGUUUCUCAGUUCAGACAGGAAGCUCAACAGAAAGCCAGCAGCAGCAGCUCAGAGCAACAAGCUGCCAAACGAGGAGAAGUUCCCUGUGACGUCUGUACUGGAACCAAACUGAAGGCCCUGAAGUCCUGUCUGGUGUGUCAGACCUCCUACUGUGAGACUCACCUGGAGCCUCAUCUGACAAUGUCAGGUCUGAAAAGACAUCAGCUGAUGGACCCUGUGGAGAACCUGGAAGACAGGAUGUGUAUGAAGCAUGAUAAACCUCUGGAGCUGUUCUGUAAGACCGAUCAGACAUGUAUCUGCAUGCUCUGCUCUGUUUUAGACCACAAGACACAUGAUGUUGUUCCUCUGAAAGAAGAAUAUGAAGGAAAGAAGGCAGAGCUGGGGAAGACAGAGGCUGAAAUUCAGCAGAUGAUCCAGAAGAGACGACUGAAGAUUCAAGAAAUCGAACGGUCAGUCAACUUCAGCAAAGGAAAUGCAGAGAAAGAAAUAGCAGAAGGUGUUCAGGUCUUCACCGCUCUGAAGGAGUCUGUUGAGAGAAGCCUGAAUGAGCUCAUUGAGACGAUCGAAGAGAAGCAAAGAACGACAGAGAAACAGGCUGAAGACUUCAUCAAAGAGCUGGAACAGGAAAUCUCUGAGCUGAAGAAGAGAAGCUCUGAGGUGGAGAAGCUCUCAUGCUCCAAAGACCACCUCCACCUCCUCCAAAACUUCCCCUCCCUGAAAGCUGCUCCACCCACCAAAGACUGGACAGAGGUCAGCGUCCGUCCAUCAUAUGAGGGGACUGUGGUGAGAGCUGUGACUCAGCUGGAGGAGAUGGUCAUUAAAGAGAUGAAGAAGCUGGUUAAAGCUGAGCUGAAGAGGGUCCAGCAUUAUGCAGUGGAUGUGACUCUUGAUCCUGAUACAGCAAAUCCCUGGCUCAUCCUGUCUGAUGAUGGGAAACAAGUAAACUGUAGUGAUGUGAUGAAGAAUCUCCCAAACAACCCAAAGAGAUUUUCUAUAAAUCCCUGUGUGUUAGGAAAGCAGAGUUUCUCUUCAGGCAGAUUUUACUUUGAGGUUCAGGUUAAAGAGAAGACUAAAUGGACUUUAGGAGUGGCCAGAGAAUCGAUCAACAGGAAGGGAAAAGUCACGCUGAGUCCUCAGAAUGGUUACUGGACUAUAUGGUUGAGAAAUGGAAAUGAGUACAAAGCUCUUGCUGACCCUUCAGUUCGUCUCUCUCUGAAGUCUCAGCCUCAGAAGGUGGGGGUGUUUGUGGAUUAUGAGGAGGGUCUGGUCUCCUUUUAUGACGUAGAUGCUGCAGCUCUUAUCUACUCCUUUACUGGCUGCUCCUUCACUAAGAAACUCUACACAUUCUUCAGUCCCUGUAAUCAUGAUGGUGGUACAAACUCCGUCCCUCUGAUCAUCUGUCCUGUCAAUCAAACUGAGUAAUCACUUGUUUUAUAUUAGGAAAUGAUUAAUUCUCUUUGAAGAGAGCAAAUGUACCUAUCCACAGUCGUAUACUGUGUACUGUACACUUUCUUGUUUAUUAAGAGUUAACAAAAGCAUUUUAUUAUAUGCUUGUUUACAGUUCUAGCAGAAAUCAUAUUUUCAAAGAAACCACAAUUUUCAAUUUGAAGUGGAACCACAGAAAACAAAGUGUGGAUAUUUCACAGUGUCAUAAAGCUUCAUUGUAGAGUUCAGCCAAGACCAUGACUCCACAGAAUACAUUUCAAUAUUUUACAGGCUGUAAUAAGUGCUGAAACACUUGACAACAGAACAACGGAUAAAGGACUUUCUUAUUUUAUUUUAUUACUUUGGCCAAUGUGAAAUGUAAGUGUGCUUUACAAGUAUACGUUGUACAUUCAGGGGUUAUUUUUGUGGGUUUAUGGCUGUUAACUAUGUAUUUAUCUUGCUCUAUUUUAUGUUUUCUGUCAAUAGUCAUAGCCCACAGCCGUAUUUUUUGUUAUUGUUGUUGUUUUUCAUUUAAAUCAUUUUUUGUGUUAAAUCUGCAACAAGAUGUGAAAGCACAUGAGCUGCUCUCUAAAAGGACUCAGUAGCUUGCUCACUCUGUUAAAAUGACCUGUUGCAAACGUGGUCAACAAUAAAAUUAAAGCUACGAGAACCUCUGAGUAAUUGUGUCCUGUAUGGCAUCUAAUUCCCCGGGCUACACAUACAUACACACACACAUAUAUAUUGGGUCUGGAGGUCACACAUAAUGUGGCCAAAACCACCUCCUGGCUGCCAGUCUAAACACACC